GAUGUCACAGAUGUUCCUCUGACGGUGGCGCAGUGUGCUGACCUUUGGGCUGACUGACUCAUUGGGACCGUCAUUGGAACUUUGACCCAGAAAAAGAAUGUAUGCAUUUUUUCUGGCUAGGCUACCUGGCAUAGUGUGACUUGACAUGAAAGAAAAAUCAAUUUCAAGUAAAAAUGGACCGAAUCAUACGUCAAAUAAAUAAUUUCUACUGCAGUGAUUAUAUAUGUGAUGGCUACAUCACACCUUCGUACGUGUGUGUGCCGAGGACAUCAAUGAAGAUAGCGGGGCUGAGUGACAGCGAGGCAAGAGGCACCUGGACUUUGGGAUCAUUACCGUCCGCUUUGCUAUAAAAGCAGCAGGAGAGCAUCAGUUGAGCAGUAGCACUGCAGAGUUCACUCGCAGAUACUCUCACAGAUCCAACAACCAUGAAGGUCCUUGCUGUGCUGGUUUUGGCCGUCUUCACUGGCUGCAAUGCCAAUCUCUUCCACGCUGAUGCCCCCAAGCCUCAGCUGGAGGUCCUGACUGAUGCCUUCUGGGAGUACGUGGCCAAGGCCACCCAGACCGCUGAAGACACCCUCCAAAUGAUCAAGAAGUCUCAGUUCGGACAGGACAUGAGCGCUCGUCUUGCCGAUGGUACCAACGCAGCCAACCAGUACGCCGUCACCCUGCACGACCAGCUGCCCCCCGUCGCUAAGGAAAUGAUCGCCAAAGUGAGCACUGAGGCCGACCUCCUGAAAGAGCGUGUCGCCGUGGAGCUGAGCACCAUGCGCGGUCGUCUGGAGCCCUACACCGACAACAUGAGAGUCCAGGUCCAGCAGAGGGUGGAGCAGCUCCAGACCGAGCUCAACCAAAUCCUCACCAUGGAUGCCGAGACCCUGAAGACCGAGCUGUUGAAGAGGAGCGAAGAGCUGAAGACCAACCUGGAACAGAGCGUGGCUGAUCUGCAGGCUCAGCUCGGACCCCACACCGACGACCUGAAGCAGAAGGUGGACCAGCACCUGCUGACCUUCAAGGAGAGUGUGACCCCCCUGGCUGAGAAGGUCCAGAUGGAGCUGAUGCAGAGAGCCCAGCAGGUGAAAGACCUUGCCACCCCUUACGUCGGCGAGUUGAGGGAGACCCUGGACCCCUACGCCCAGGACCUCCAGGCACGUCUGAUUGCUCUCUAUGAGUCCUUCGUCAAAACCAACUAAGUCAGCUACAAACUGAAACAUGAGUAUAAGAUUCUCCUAGUUUGUCAACAAGGGGGGGACACUUUCCCAUCAGUAUUUACUGGUGUUCAUGGCAACAUUUACAGUAGUACCCAGUUUUUGGUCUGUGACCACCAAGCAGUCUUCCAUCACUAUUUAA